AUGGCCUUCCCCACGAACAUGCUAGGCGUUCUCAUCGCCAUCGUCAGCGUCUUUGCGCUCGUUCAUUCGGCAGACUCGAUUCCCAGACUCCUCAAGUAUGAGGAUAAGGCCAAGAAGGCAGCGGAGUGGAGUAGGACGGCGGAGAAGAAUCUCUGGGAUAUUCGUUACACCGUCGGCACGGGUUUCGUAGGCUGCUUGUUGUCUGCCGUCAGCGGCCUAGCAUUCACUUUCGUCGUGCCCCGCGGCAUUGGCAUUUUCACUGUCGGCUGGCCCAUCAUGCUCGCUGCCGGCUUGACAUACGGACAUCAAUACAUGCGAUCCUUCUGGGCCUCUAAGCCCAAGGUUCCAUUGAUGAAGGAUUUCAACGAGGCGAUCUCCGAUUCGAUGAUGGUGCAGGACAUGAUGAAUCCGUUGGCUGGAGCAUGGGGCCUCAUGACGUUCUGCAAGUUGGUUGGACUGUAG